AACCUUCCAACUUUGGGAGUUUGUCAAAGUCUCUCAGAUCUUACUGAGUAGAAGGCUUCGUGGACGGCUUGGAAGGGCCCAGCUGAACUUGGGCAGCUGCUCUAAUAAUUAGCCACCCUUCUCCCCCACCUCCCCAGAGUUCAGGCACGGGGCAAGCCUUGGCAUGAAGCCCUCCUGGCUGCAGUGUCGGAAGGUCACGGGCGCGGGAGGACUCGGGGCUCCCCUGCAGGGCUCAGCCGCGGCCCGGGGAGCAGCUCCUGCCCGCCGGGCUUACCUGGCUCCGGGGCCUUGGGACAGCCUAGGAGUCGGUGGGGGACGCCGCUCUCUGUCUUCGGGCAGCGGCAGCAGCGCGGGUGUCAGCGAGUAUAAGACGCACUUCUCGGCCUCUGUGUCCGACCCGGAGAAGUUCUGGGGGAAAGCCGCGGAGCAGAUCAGCUGGUACAAGCCCUGGACCAAAACUCUGGAGAACAGCCACCCACCAGCCACAAGUUGGUUUGUGGAAGGGAUGCUUAAUAUUUGUUACAAUGCUAUCGACCGCCAUAUUGAAAAUGGACAAGGAGACAAGAUUGCCAUCAUCUAUGAUAGCCCUGUAACAAACACAAAAGCCACUUUCACCUAUAAAGAAGUUUUGGAACAGGUCUCCAAGCUGGCUGGUGUCUUGGUGAAGCAUGAUGUGCACAAGGGGGACACUGUGGUGAUCUAUAUGCCCAUGAUACCACAGGCAAUGUUCACCAUGCUGGCUUGUGCACGGAUAGGAGCCGUUCACAGUCUCAUCUUUGGUGGCUUUGCCUCCAAGGAGCUCAGCAGCCGCAUCGAUCAUGCAAAGCCCAAAGUGGUUGUGACAGCAUCCUUUGGAAUAGAGCCUGGGAGGAGAGUAGAAUAUAUACCACUGUUAGAAGAAGCCCUGAGGAUUGGAGAACACAAGCCAGGCAGAGUUCUCAUCUAUAAUCGGCCUAACAUGGAAACUGUUCCUCUGGCUCCAGGUCGGGACCUUGAUUGGGAUGAAGAGAUGGCAAAAGCCCAGUCUCAUGACUGUGUCCCUGUUCUCUCAGAACAUCCUCUUUAUAUUCUCUACACAUCAGGAACAACUGGAUUACCCAAGGGUGUGGUCAGACCUACUGGUGGAUAUGCAGUAAUGCUGAAUUGGACCAUGUCUUCCAUAUAUGGACUGAAACCAGGAGAGGUUUGGUGGGCAGCUUCUGACUUAGGCUGGGUCGUUGGACAUUCCUAUAUUUGUUAUGGACCUCUUUUGCACGGGAAUACAACUGUUUUGUAUGAGGGGAAGCCCGUGGGAACGCCAGAUGCUGGGGCUUACUUCCGUGUGCUCUCGGAGCAUGGAGUGGCCGCCUUGUUUACAGCACCGACUGCAAUUAGAGCCAUCCGUCAACAGGACCCUGGGGCAGCCCUGGGGAAGAAGUACUCUUUGACAAGGUUCAAAACUCUAUUUGUGGCUGGUGAGCGCUGUGAUGUGGAGACACUGGAAUGGUCUAAAAAUGUUUUCAGGGUACCUGUCUUGGACCACUGGUGGCAAACAGAGACUGGAUCCCCAAUUACAGCCUCAUGUAUUGGUUUAGGAAAUUCAAAAACACCUCCUCCAGGACAAGCUGGAAAAUCUGUACCAGGAUUCAAUGUUAUGAUUUUGGAUGACAACAUGCAGAAACUGAAGGCCCGAACCUUGGGAAAUAUUGUGGUAAAGUUGCCUCUGCCACCAGGAGCAUUUUCAGGCCUCUGGAAAAACCAAGAAGCAUUCAAGCAUUUGUAUUUUGAGAAGUUUCCAGGAUACUAUGAUACCAUGGAUGCUGGUUACAUGGAUGAAGAUGGCUAUUUGUAUGUUAUGUCUCGAGUUGAUGAUGUAAUCAAUGUGGCAGGACACCGGAUUUCAGCUGGUGCCAUUGAAGAGUCAGUUCUUUCCCAUGGUACCGUGGCCGACUGUGCUGUCGUGGGUAAGGAGGAUCCUUUAAAAGGUCACGUUCCGCUAGCCCUUUGUGUCCUGAGGAAAGGCAUAAAUGCUACCGAUGACAAAGUUUUGGAAGAGCUCGUGAAGCACGUGAGAGAGAGCAUCGGCCCUGUGGCAGCUUUCCGCCAGGCGGUUUUUGUUCAACAAUUACCCAAGACGCGCUCCGGCAAGAUCCCGCGCUCGGCGCUCUCCGCUCUUGUCAAUGGCAAGCCUUACAAGAUAACUCCCACAAUUGAGGAUCCCCGUGUCUUUCACCAUAUAGAAGAAGUCCUGAAACGGACAUCCUGACUUUUUUCCAGCUGUUCAAAUCUGCGUCACAAUGGAGAAGAAAAGUUACUUCCUCUACAGAAAUAGUGGAGAAUUGGCAGUGUUACAAAAGCAACCUAGUUAGGAAAUAGAGGUUAAUUAUGUACAAAUUAUGACUAAGGAGUAUAGUUGAAUGGAAGGUCUUAAUGGACUGUGCCGAUGGCUAUCAGUUAUUUGUUAUGUCUUACUUUUUCAAUUAGUCCUUUUAAUGCAUUUAUUGCUCUAUUUAAAAUAAUUCUCCUAAAUUCUAGUAUGACCCUAAUGAAGUCAUAGACUGUCAGAGAUGGAAAGAGCUUAAAAGUCAUCUUACCUUCCUGCCACCUCUCCUUUCCUCUAAUUUUGCGAUUGAACAGUGUAGUCAAAUUUAACUUUGGCUCAUCUUCCUGCCUUUUGUUCGUUUGCCUUUACCUGCCAUGGCCACUGCCCCUAAGAAGCUAGCUAAAAUUGUUAGGAGUUUGGCACAGGAAUAGAUGUGGAGGACUUAGUUUAUGUUGUGACAGAAAGAGUAGGACAAUCUAGAUGGCGUGGGAAGGAAACAAAAAUUAUUCCAGUAGAGUUUAAAGGACAUUAAAAUAGUGUUUGUCAUAGAGGUUCAGCUGGUAGAGACCUCAGACAUCUCAUCCCAUUCCUUUAUUUUAUAAGGGGAAAAUCGAGUCCACAGAAGAGAGGUGACUUGCUCAAUGUCCCACAGGUAGUAAUAUCACAGGUAGCAUUUGAACUCAAGUCUUUGGACUCUAGGACCAGUGCCCUUUCCACUGUACCAUGGUGCUUCCAAUGCUAAAAUGCCUUCCAUGGUGCUAAAAAUAAAAUGGACCAAGUGAGGCUUUAUUAGUAAGCCUAAAUAGUCCAUUCACAUUAAUCACGAAUGGGUAACAUAAUGGAGUUUUCUGAUAAACCAAAUUUUCUGAUAAACUCAAUUUUAAACAAACAUGGAUGCAAUGAAAUGUACUGACUCCCUGGAAGCUGUGAGUAGUAACUAUAUUGUGUACAGCUUCAUCUUAGGUGAUUCACUGGGUGCUGUAGGAUGUUUCAGUACCUCUGGGUCAGGACAAUGAAUUAUCGCUGCUGUACAGAGCUAUAGUUUUAUUUUUAAGUCAUAGAGAAUUAGACUUUGAAAUUUGCUAUUUGAAUAAACCUGUCAGUCCAUUUACUUGUCUUUUGUGUCCCUUACAAGUACAGUUAUCCCUUCCACAUCGUGACUUUCCAAUGUGUGUUUUCAAUAUAUCAUGGUCAGUACUAGAAAUUAAAAGGGAAUAUUUGAGGGAGUUUUGGCAAAGCCGCAGACAACACACAAAGGCCAGCAGAUGACAGAAAAAAAAGAAACUCUGGAAUGUAGAUUUAACUAAAAAUUUACAAUAAGGCACUAAAUAUACCCCACAAAAGGAAAAGAAAAAAAUUCAAUUAAUCACUGGUACAAAGAGAGGGCCAAAAUUUUUACACAGAUUUUCCAGAUCGCAGGGUGCAGUAUUCCUAAACCCUGUUAUGUGGAAGGGAUAACUGUAGUAUGUACUGCAUAAAAGGAAAAAUAUGGAAUUUUAGUUUUUGAGAGUCUAGAGAAAAUGUAUACUUACUAUAUGGGAAGCACUUAGUUUAAAUUGUCUCCAUAAAUGAUGCAAAUAAGAACAAUCAGGUCUCCUGCUUUUUAAAUUUGAUUCAACUUAUAAUAAAGUGCAUAACUUAAUUUGA